AUGUCUAAAGAACUAAAUGUAACAUAUAUAACUUUUGAUGGACAUGUGGAAGUGCACAAAUAUCGAUAUCUUUAUUUUGUGAUCAUGUUUACAGCAUAUAUUCUAAUCAUUUGCAGUAAUUCUACUAUUGUGUGCAUCAUUGUGAUUCACAAAUCCCUCCAUGAGCCUAUGUAUUUUUUUAUUGCAGCUUUGUUAUUGAACUCUGUUCUUUACAGCUCGGCUGUGUACCCAAAGAUUCUGAUUGACUUUUUAUCAAAGAAACAGAUCAUUUCUUACCCAGCUUGUCUCUUCCAGUGGUUUACAUAUUACUGUCUCGCUUGUUCAGAGUUUUUUCUGUUGGCAGCCAUGUCUUAUGACAGAUUUGUGUCUAUAUGUAAACCUCUGCAAUAUCCAACCAUCAUGAGAAAAUCAACCGUUAAUAUGUUCAUGAUUUUAGCUUGGAUUCUGCCUGCCAGUCAGUUGUCACUGGCAAUGUUCGUGAGUGCGGAAAAAAAACUCUGCAGCUUUCAUUUGAAUGGAAUAAUUUGCAACAGCACAGUUCAAAAACUUCACUGUGUGCGUUCAAGACUGCUUAAUAUUCUUGGCUUGAUCAUUUUUGUAAGCGAUGUACUUCUCCCCAUGCUCUUCAUACUUUUCACAUACACCAGGAUAUUUGUAAUAACAAGUCGAAGUGGCAGAGAAGUGAGAAAAAAAGCUGCACAGACGUGUUUACCUCACCUGCUGGUUUUAGUCAACUUCUCCUGUUUGAGUACAUAUGAUGUUCUUCUAGCUCGGGUAGAAACUGAUUUUUCCAAAACUUUAAAUUUGGUAAUGUUUCUACAAAUAGCAAUGUAUCAUCCUCUCUUUAAUCCGAUCAUAUAUGGACUACAGAUGAAAGAGAUUUAUAAACACCUGAAGAGGCUUUUUGGGAAAUCGCAGUAA